AUGUUGGACAAAUGGUUGCAAAUACAUGAUCAAAAUUGGAACGUUAGUAAAUGUUAUGAUAUAUUUGAUCAGGUAUCUAGAAAAUAUUAUAGCCAAAAAGUAGAUAUUUAUGCAUUAGGCAUAAUUAAAUUGCUUCAUCCGAUGGCAACUGGAAUGGAACGAAUCAAACAUGUAUUGCCACAAGUCCCUGUUCUUCUAAAAAUAAAGUAUAACCAUUCUCCUGGUACGGUUGAUAUCAACUUUUGGUUAGCAUUGAUGGGUGUUCAUUAUUUCGAUAAAGAGUAUCCGAGUAUCCUAUCGAUUAAAUCAAUCAAAAUAACAAGCACAAAUACUGUCAAUAGCACUUCAUUUUGCACGGCGAUCAUCGAUGCUUGGACCAUGAAUAAAAUGGAAGUAGUUGAUGCUGCUAGAAUUCUUACACCAGGAAUAAAAUUAAAGUCGUUGAUGCUGGUAGAAAUGAACUUCCUAAAACGCAGGAUGGUCUGA